AUGUUAAUCAUCCUCUGCACCUCCAUCUGUAGCCUCCCGAUUUUCUCCGACAUCCUCCGCGCACUCCUCGACACUCUCGCCGCGCCACCCUCGUUCUCAAAGUCAAACGACGUUGACUUUUCCGAAGAAAACGACCUGUCGUCAACGCUCUUCAUCAGCCUCCCGUUCAGCUCCAACAACUUCGUAACUGCCGAGUCAGCCUCCUCGAGCUGCCCCUUGAGAGCUUCGCACUCGACAACCGCUUUUCCCCUUUUGCCCUUCUCAGUUGCCUCAAGCUUCCUCUUUAAAUCCUUCACCGUGAUCUGGAGAUUCGCGAGCUUCUGCACGUCAGAGUCGAGCCUCUCCAGGACCUUUAAAGACCCGUUCGACCUUUUCGACAUUUCCAGCUUGUCCGGGGGCAGAAACGUAAUUUUCUGUUUCUCGAUGGGUUCGCGACGGUGGAAGUCGACGGUUUCGGUUAUUUUCUUUGACGAGCCAUCGGAUACCUGA